AUGAAUCCUAUGCAAGCCACUUCUCAGCAUUCUGUAACCUCUACUGGUAGUGGUCCCAAGUCACUUAGCCUCCUUCACUCCACGACUUCUACCUCCUCUACUCCCGGCGGGUCAGUCACAGCUUCUCCCUGCAGCAACCAAUCUGGAUCACAUGCCAACGGCUUACUCUGGGAAGGAGAAGUGCAGAUCAUCAACAACACUGCAGGUGCUAGUGCACAUAUCCGUCUACUGCUUCAGGAACCGUUGGGUCUGGAUCUCAGGUAA